GCGCCUGCGCGAGCCGGGCCGCGCGCCGGAGGAGCCGCGGGGCCGGAGGCCGGGAGCCCGGAGCCCGGAGCCCGGAGCCGGGCCCGCCGAGCCGGUGACAGCCGCGGCCCCGCGCCGCGCCGCGCGGCCCGCCCGGCAUGGAGGAGGAGUGCCGGGUGCUCUCCAUCCAGAGCCACGUCGUCCGCGGCUACGUGGGCAACCGGGCGGCCACGUUCCCGCUGCAGGUUUUGGGAUUUGAAAUCGAUGCCGUGAACUCUGUGCAGUUUUCCAACCACACAGGCUAUGCUCACUGGAAGGGCCACGUGCUGAACUCCCAGGAGCUCCACGAGCUGUACGGAGGCCUCAGGCUGAACCAAGUGAAUAAGUAUGACUACGUGCUCACAGGCUACACGAGGGACAAGUCCUUCCUGGCCACGGUGGUGGACAUCGUGCGGGAGCUGAAGCAGCAGAACCCCAGGCUGGUGUACGUCUGUGAUCCUGUGAUGGGGGACAAGUGGAACGGCGAGGGCUCCAUGUAUGUUCCAGAGGACCUCCUUCCGGUGUACAGAGAGAAAGUGGUGCCGGUGGCAGACAUCAUAACUCCCAACCAGUUCGAGGCUGAGCUGCUGAGCGGCAGGAAGAUCCACAGCCAGGAGGAGGCGCUGGUGGUGAUGGACAUGCUGCACUCCAUGGGCCCCGACACGGUGGUCAUCACCAGCUCCGACCUGCCCGCCCCACGGGGCGGCGACUAUCUGAUCGCGCUGGGCAGCCAGAGGAUGCGGAGGCCCGACGGCUCCAUGGCGACCCAGCGGAUCCGCAUGGAGAUGCGCAAGGUGGACGCCGUCUUCGUGGGCACCGGGGACCUCUUUGCCGCCAUGCUCCUGGCGUGGACGCACAAGCACCCCGACAACCUCAAGGUGGCCUGCGAGAAGACCCUGUCCGCCAUGCACCACGUGCUGCAGAGGACCAUCCAGUAUGCGAAAGCCCGAGCCGGGGACGGACAGAAGCCCAGCGUGGCGCAGCUGGAGCUCAGGAUGGUGCAGAGCAAGAAGGACAUCGAGGACCCCGAGAUCGUCGUGCAGGCCACGGUGCUGUGAGGCCCGCGCCGCCCCGGCCGCGUGGCGUGUUGGCGUGUUCGUGUUCGUCCCUGUGAAACCCGCGUCGCGUCUGCCUUAGAGCCCCGGCCGCAGCCCGACGUGCGCCCUCGUGAGUGCCGGGGUCGGCCGGUGUCCAUUGUGAAAACGUGCCCUCGUGCUGUUGUAAACAUCGACAAAGCUGCCUAGAACGCUGUGAUGUGGAAACCUGGUCUCUGCCCCGGCUCCGCGCCGACGGCCCCGGGCGUCCCUGGCGGGCACGGGGUCAGCCCCACCCGGGAGCCUCGGAGCU